AUGGCAAGUGAGGUAGAGAGUAUAGGGAAAUCAGAUCCCACCCAAGUUUCUGAAAACAACAAACCGGACUCUCUCGAUCAUGCCACCAACGAAAAGAACGAUGCGCCUGCUGUGACACCACCACCCAAGGACCCUCAGGCGCGCCCUGAAAGAGAGGCUACUUUCAAGGACUACCUACGGGUCUUCACCUAUGCGACAAAAUGGGACUUUGCCAUGAUGGUGGCCGCUGGCGUGGCUAGUAUCGGCGCUGGUACCACGAUGCCGCUCAUGAACAUUGUCUUUGGAAGACUGAUUGGCGACUUUAACAACUAUUUCACCCCCGCUGCUCAGUCACAGUCGGAUUUCGAGGCACAAACCAACAAGAUGGCGCUUUACAUCUUUGGUCUGUUCAUCGCCCGCUUCGGCCUCAACUACAUCAACAAGUUCUGCUUCCGUCUCAUUGGUAUCCGCAUGUCUGCCGCUAUCAGAUUGCAUUACAUGAGAUCUCUCUUUGGCCAAACGAUUCACGUCCUUGACUCGAUGCCCUCUGGAGCCGCAGCCAGCACCAUCACCGGAACAUCCAACACGCUGCAGCUCGGUAUCUCAGAGAAGCUGGGCACCUUCCUCGAGUUUUCUUCCACCAUCACCACCGCCAUCAUCGUCGCUUUUACUUACGAUUGGGCCCUCGCUCUCGUUACAUCCUCCGUCAUUCUGUUCAUUGCUUUGGUCAUCGGCACCAUGCUCCCUUUUAUUCUCAAAGGUCAAACAAGGCUCACCAAGGCCGAGGCAAAGGGCACAUCUGUCGCGACAGAGUCCUUCAGCGCCAUCAGAAUGAUCAGCUCCUGCGGCGCAGAGUCUCGCAUGGCGAAGAAGUACGCCGAAUGGGUCAAGAAGGCGAGACAAGCCGCCCAGUUUUCCUCUCCCUUCUUCUCGAUCCAGUUUGGCGGCAUAUUCUUUGGCCUGUACGGUUCUUUUGCUUUGGCUUUCUGGUACGGGAUGAAGUCUGUGGUGGAGGGACGGAUCGACAACAUUGGGACGAUCAUCAUUGUGCUCACAUCUGUGAUGAUGAUGGUCAUCUCUCUCGAGCGCAUCUCCACCCCGCUUAUUGCGGUUUCAAAGGCUAUGGUUGCUGCUGCCGAGUUUUUUGCUGUUAUCGAUGCGCCAAAGCCGAAGAUGGGAACGCUCAAGGAGCCGGAUGUGACUGCGGAUCAGGAUAUUGUUUUUGAGGACGUGGUGUUUGCUUACCCGAGUCGGCCGUCGAAAAAGGUGCUGGAUGGGCUUAACUUGAGGAUUGCGGCGAAUAUGAACACGGCUAUUGUUGGGCCUUCGGGGUCGGGGAAGAGCACGAUUGUGGGGCUGAUUGAGGGGUGGUAUACGCUUCAUGAUCAGUAUGUUAUUGCCAAGGCUGUGGCGAAGGAUCCGGCGAAGGAGAAGAAGGAGAAGGAGAAGGAGAAGAAGAGGAAGGAGGGGAAGGUUGUUGAGAAGAGUGAGGAUGAGGAGGAGGAUGGACCGGCGCCUAUUGAUGCUGAGGAUGUUGGUCCUCCUGUUGAGCUGAGCGGGAGUAUUUCGACUUGCGGGAAGGAGUUGGGGGAUAUUGACAUCAAGUGGUGGAGAUCGCAGAUUGGUCUUGUUCAGCAGGAGCCCUUCCUGUUCAAUAAUACCAUCUUUGAGAAUGUCGCUACUGGGCUUAUUGGGACUGAGCAUGAGAAUGCGUCCAAGGAAGAGAAGAUGAAGUUGGUCAAGGAGGCUUGUGCUGAGAGUUUUGCUGACGAGUUUAUCGACCGGUUGCCGGAUGGUUAUGAGACCCAGGUUGGAGAUUCCGGUGCCAAGUUGAGCGGUGGGCAGAGACAGCGCAUUGCUAUUGCCCGGAGUAUCAUCAAGAAGCCCAAGAUUCUGAUUCUGGACGAGGCUACCUCUGCCAUCGAUGUUCGCGGAGAGCGCAUCGUUCAGGCUGCGCUCGAGAGAGCCUCCAAGGGCCGCACCACCAUCACUAUUGCCCAUCGGCUGUCUACCAUCAAGAACGCGGAUCGCAUUAUUGUCUUGCAAAACGGAAAGGUCGCUGAAGAAGGUACCCAUGACGGUCUUCUUGCCAACGAGCUCGGUGUCUACUACGGUCUUGUUCACGCCCAGAAGCUGUCGCUUGGUGAGGACACUGGCGAGGAUAACCUCCAGGAGGAAGAUAUCGCCGCCGUUCUGACGAGGGAGAAGAGCGCCGCAAUCUCAGAAAAGGACGGCACCAAGAAGAGUGUUCCCGUUUGGAAGGAUCGCAACCUCAUCAAUGGUUUUGGCAAGCUCCUGUCAGAGCAGAAGAGCAGAUUUCCCUUCUACAUCAUCGCCCUCGUCGGUGCCAUGGGAGCGGCCUCUGCUAUUCCCAUUCAAGCUUACCUCUUCGCCCAAGUCGUCGGCGUCUUCCAAGACCCCCUCAAUCUGCUGGAAGGAGCCACAUUCUGGUCCAAGAUGUGGGCUGCCCUCGCUGCCGGCGUGGGCUUCAGCUACUUCCUCACAACCUACGUCUCAACCAGCGUUGAAGGCUUCAUCUCGGCUGCCUACAAGCAAGAGUACUUUGAAUCAAUCCUCUUCCAACCCACAUCCUACUUUGACAAAGACGACAAUGCCACUGGACAGCUCACCGCCCGGUUAUCGUCUGACCCUCAGGCCUUGAAAGAAAUGCUCGGCAUCAACAUCAUGAUGAUGCUCAUCGGCGUCUUCUCCCUCAUCGGUGCCCUUACCAUCUCCUUCGCCUUUGGCUGGAAACUCGCCCUGGUAGCCACCUGCGUCACCGUCCCUAUGGGUUUGCUGGCGGGGUACUACCGCAUCCGUUACGAGCUCCAAUUCAACGCCAUGAACGAAGCCGUCUUCCAGGAGUCGUCCAAGUUUGGCGCCGAGUCCAUUUCCGCCUUCCGCACUGUCAGUGCUCUCGUCAUGGAAGACAGCAUCUGCAACCGGUAUUCCAACCUCCUCAACGGGCACGUAACCGGCGCGUACAAAAAGGCUCGCUGGACAACCUUCAUCUUUGCCUACGCUGACUCUGUCGGGCUGGGCUGCACCGCUCUCAUCCUCUGGUACGGCGGCCGUCUCCUCGCCGCAAGGGAAUACGAUGUCAUCGCCUUUUUGGUUACCUACAUGGCCAUGAUCCAGGGUGCUGAGUCGGCCGGUCAGUGGCUUUCCUUCGGACCCAACGCUGCGCAGGCUGCUGCUGCGGCGAACAGGAUUUUGCAGGCGAGGGAUAGCAAGAUUAAGGAUUCCAUCUCCGCGGCGGAGCAGAUUCCCGACACGGAGGGGGGGAUUGCUAUUGAGUUGAGGGAUGUUUUCUUCAAGUAUCCCACGAGAGACGUUUCCAUCUUUCGGGGUUUGAACAUCACGAUUGAGAAGGGCCAGUUUGCCGCUCUUGUUGGUGCGUCUGGGUCGGGGAAGACGUCGAUUGUUUCGUUACUGGAGCGGUUUUAUGAUGUGGAUAAGGGGCAGAUUUUGUUUAACGGGAAGGAUAUCUCCGAGGUUAAUGUUUUUGAGUACCGGAAGUUGUUGUCGCUUGUGGCGCAGGAGCCGUCGCUUUUCCACGGGACGAUUAGGGAGAAUAUUCUCCUGGGUGUGGACCCGGAACAGGUCAGUGAGGAGGAGCUGCAUAAUUGCUGCAAGGACGCGAGUAUACAUGAGUUCAUCAUGAGUUUGCCUGAGGGGUAUAACACGAAUAUUGGGAGCAGGGGUGUUAGUCUGUCGGGGGGGCAGAAGCAGAGGUUGAGUAUCGCGAGGGCGUUGAUUAGGAAUCCGAGGGUGUUGUUGUUGGAUGAGGCGACUAGUUCGUUGGAUUCGGAGAGCGAGAAGUUGGUCCAGAAGGCGUUUGAGAGGGUUGCCAAGGGGAGGACGACGGUGGCGGUGGCGCAUCGGUUGGCGACGAUUCAGGGGGCGGAUGUGAUUUAUGUGUUGGGAGAGGGGAAGGUGUUGGAGAAGGGGAAUCACAAUGAGUUGUUGAGGAAGAAGGGGGUUUAUUGGCAUAUGUGCCAUAAUCAGGCUUUAGACCGUUAG